AUGUUCCGGUUGCGGUCGCGGCCGUCUGCGGUGCAGGCGUCGUCGCUGGUGCCGGCGGAGAUGCAGCAGUCAAUCAAGGACUACAGGCGCAUGGAGGCGACGAUGCAGGCGAUACUCAAGGCGUGCAAGGCGUAUCUGGGGGCGAUUGAUGUCAUGAACAAGGCGCGAACGCGGUUGCGCGACAACCUCAACGACAUCGCGCUGUUCAAGCAGCCGAAGGACGAGGUCGGGGCGCCGAGCCAGGGCGAGAUUGAGAAGAUGAAGCGGGUGGCGGAGGGCAUUGUCUUCCUCGGGACGCAUCGCCUCAGCGACCAGAUCAAGCGCACGUUGCACGACCCGCUCAAGAAGUUUGUGAAGAUCUUUCCCAACGUCAACGACUGCAUCAAACACUACGAGAAGGUUGCGAGCGACUGCGAGAAGGCCAAGGACAAGUACGCCAAGCUCACCAACUCGUCUUCUUCCGACAGCAGCAAGAUUGACAAGGCAAAAGCGCAGAAGAUCAAGGCCGAACAGGCGUGGAGCAACGAGAACGAGUACUUGCCAGAGGAGCUGCCGCUGCUGUACGAGCUGCGGUUGAACUUCUUUGAGCCGUCGUUGGCGGCGCUGGCCGGUUCGCAGAAGCAGUAUCUUGAAGGCCUUACCGACACCCUUGAGGCGUUCUUCGACCAAGUCGCGGCGACGGACGAGGAGUACCUGCAGGAGAUUGACACGUACUUUGCCGAGCUGCAACAGCUCUCCAUAACCGAGUAA